AUGGCCAAAGGGCAUCUUACCUAUUGGGGCGAACUUGAAUCUGAUGAGGACGAAUCAGAAGAGGAAGAUAAUGAAUCUGGAUCAGACUCUGGUUCUGAGGAAGGUGAAGCAAUCGGUGAGGUCUCGGCAUCCAGUGCAGCAGACAAGCCCAUUAUUCAGACUCUUGAAGUUACUGGCCUGUUAACUCCAGCGACCGGAACCGGGUAA